AUGCCACCCCAACUGGAGAUCGACUAUUUGGAAGUCAUCCGAAACGCGGUCUUAAAUGGGCGGUUGGAGACCGUCAAAAGUAUACUACUACGCUUACCCACACUUAGGGGAGCUGCCCGAGUAGACUUCCUUUCGCAGUGCCUAAUUGAUGCGGUAGAAUACGGACACGAUGACACCGCUGAGCAUCUCCUCAAUGAGGGAGCGCAAGUCUCAUAUGCAAGGCACACGGAUGGAUGCACAUCCCUGCAUAUAGCUGCAGGUGAGGGCCACAUUAAAUGUGUCCAAAUUCUUCUGAGCCUACACGAAAGUUUUCCGAACAUAAUCGAACAAGAGGAUGACGAUGGUGAAACACCAUGGAUGUACGCUAUUCACUCGGGCUCCACAAAAAUCUUGCAGUUGUUUCUGGAAAAGUCACCGGAGAUCAAUCUCCAUAGGCCCACCAAGAUUGGUCUUACUAGUGCUCAUUUUGCAGUUGCGUCAGGUAACGAAGACAUGUUCUAUUUCUUGCGAGAAAAGGGAGUUAGUUUUACGCACCGCGGCGAAAAUGGUAUUGCCCCCAUCCACAUUUUACUGUAUAGAUUUGAUCCCCGUGGCUACGAGAUUAUUGUUCGCUGUCUUUUGGCAAAAGAUUGCGACGUAACCAUAAAUGCGGAGAUGAAGGCACUCACUAAUGGACAUAAUGGGGUAGCAAAUCUGAUCCGCGAAAAGCUUUUGCAAAGAGACGGCGCAACGUCCUCACCACUGCAUUAUGCAAGCCGACAAGGAUGGGUCCAAGCAACUCAACUACUGAUCAGGCAAGGAGCCGAUAUUGAAUGCAUGGACGAAGACGGCUACACCCCUCUUUUCGCAGCAGUUUCCGCUAACAACUUGGACAUCGCAAAGAUACUACAUCAAAGUGGUGCAACCUGUGAAGUCAAAGACUUACGCGGCUGGUCCGUUAUUCAUAUGGCUGCAGAGUUGAACAGUUUAGAAUUGCUCUCUUAUUUCCUCCAGCACGGCUUGGAAGUGAAUGCUCGCACUUAUUAUGACAGUACACCCCUGCAGCUAGCUUCA